GACUUCAUGAGACUAAUGUUUUCCCACCCCAAGGAAUUUGUGCAAUUCCGUAAGGCAAGAGGCAACAUGCUCCUCUCGAGGAAAAAUCAGCUCCUGUUGGAGUUCAGCUUCUGGAACGAGCCUGCCCCUCGACCAGGACCUAACAUCUAUGAACUCAGGUCUUACCAACUCCGACCCGGAACCAUGAUUGAAUGGGGCAAUUACUGGGCCCGGGCCAUCCGCUUCCGGCAGGACGGUAGUGAAGCUGUGGGCGGAUUCUUCUCUCAGAUCGGCCAGCUCUAUAUGGUGCACCAUCUCUGGGCUUACAAGGAUCUUCAGACCCGGGAAGACAUACGGAACGCCGCGUGGCACAAACAUGGCUGGGAAGAGUUGGUCUAUUACACAGUCCCGCUCAUUCAGGAGAUGGAAUCCAGGAUCAUGAUCCCACAGAAGACCUCGCCCCUCCAGUGAAACGCGAGUCGACGUCUCGUGCCUCCGCUGACCGGCGACAAGUGCUUGGCCUAAGUUAAUCGUAGGGAAUACGCUGUGUAUCAUGUGAAAAUGAAACCCUGAUGUGUAAACUGCUGUACAUAGCUUACAAGGGACCCCUCUCCUGCAGGCUCCCCAUACUCCCCUACAAGGAGACCAGGGCCGAGGGUGACCGGCCCCGGGCCCUCUUGGACAUGCCUCCCAUUUCUGGAACUGCUUCAUAAUACCUCGCCACCCCCACUCCCAGUGUCUGGGCAAAGAGGGCCCAGAUUACAACUUGAAGCAUGCCCAAACAGGACUCCUACCAUGAAAAGAAAAGGAGAGAAAAAAAUCAGCCAUUUCUUAAUUUUUUAAAAAAAGUAAUACGUUCUAUAAUUAUAGAUUGUCAACACUUUUUUUUUUGUAUCAGGAAGAAAUGCCAAUUCCCCCCACCCCACUCCACCCCUUCAUCUUGCAGUAAGAGUUUUUCUGACUCUCAAAAACUAAGAAGAAAUCAAGAGUCCCCAGAACAAGGAACCCAGUUAUUCUCUCACCUGUCCCCAGGCAGCAUAUUAAGUAACUAUUCAUUGGGAAGCAGGCGGGGAUCGGCAAGACCCAGCAAAUCAGGAGCUUGUGUGUCCUCUGGUAUACCCCCAUGUCCUUCCAUGGGGGUGACAGCGACUUAAACCUGCGUGUCCUCUCUGAUUUUUGAAGCAAACACCUUGAAUAGCACUGUUUGUUUCUAAUAUUUUUCUAUAAUGAAAUGAGUAGGCGGAGGGCUUUUCUUUUGUAAGCAGUCAUCUGUGACCAUACACACACACACACACACACACAGUGGUUGUUUUAAUAAGCUCCGAGCAAGAACUCCCAGGAUCAAGGAUGCUGGGCGGUGCAUGUUGGGAUUGAAAUUGGCGUCCAGCCACAUCACUCGUCUAGCUCUGUUUGAUUUUGUUUUUCAAUCAAGUGUGCCAACUCUGUGUCUAAUCAUGUGACAGCCUUGUCUGGGAGUGAGGGUGUGGGAGGGAUCCUAGCUGCCCCUCCACUUACCUCCUGCCCUCAAAUGGAAAACUUUAUGUGUAAAACAGUGUGAAUAAAUCUUAUAUCAAAUGUA